AUGGGGCAAACGCCGGCCGCCGCCUCUGUGCUGGAGGACCCGCCGCAGCCGGCCGCCACCUCUGUGCUGGAGGAGCAGCCGCUGCCGGCGGUGGGUGACCCGCCGCAGUCGGCCGCGCAUGUCUCGUUCGCCCCCGAACACCAUCAGUUCCAGGCGCCGCGCGGCGUGUCGGCCAUCCAGUUCCGCACCCCGGUCAGGACGGCCCGCGCCAGCUACCGCAAGACGCCGCGCGCGCACCAUCCGCCGCCGUUCGACUCCGGCUCUGACUCCGACACGAUGGGCACGCCAGCCGCCCACGUGGCUGCCGCCAUCGGCCAGUUCCGCCACCUGAUCGGCUCGCCGUGGAUCACGCUGACGCGCGGCUCCUCCUCCAAGCGGAAGCGGCAGCAGGAGGCGCGCGAGCGGGCCGCCCAGUCCAUCGUUAUGGACGACCCGCUCUCGGACGGCGACCAGCCCGGACAGAAGCGUUUCCGCCUGGCCAACGGCUCGGACGGGGGUCGGUCGCCGGCGCGGCGUGACCCGCCGGCCGAGACCGGCUCGGAGGCCACAUCCAGCAGCGCCGAGAUGCUGAGUGCGCUCUCCUCGUCUGACACGGAGCCCGAGCCGGUGUCGGCGCCGGAGCCCGCCUCCGACACGGAGCCCGAGCCCGAGCCCGUCUCCGAACAGCAGCCCGAGCUGGAGCCAGUCUCUGAGCAGCCGCCCGAGCCGGAGCCGGUCUCUGAGCAGAAGUCGAAGCCGGAGCCGGUCACUGAACAGAGAUCGCAGCCUGAGCCGGCCACUAAACCGGAGCUGAAGCCGGCCGCGGCGCAGGGCGAGCUGCGCUCGGUGACAGGCCAGGCGCGCCUGCUGAUCCGCGAGCGGUUCGGCCAGUUCGAGGGCCUGGUGGACAGCGCCGAGUUCCUGCGCGGCCCGCGGCCCACCACGCUCACCGACCUGCAGGGCUUCUGGGAGAUGAUCUACUUCCAGGUGGAGGACGUGGACCGCAAGUUCGCUCGUCUGACGGAGCUGGAGGCGGCCGGCUGGCAGGAGGCAGCGCCCGCCUCUCCUCCAGCUCCUGCCGCCGCCGCCGCUGCCCCUGCCAAGGCGGCCAGGAAGCCGCCAGCCGCCGGCCGCCGCUCGGCGCUGCCGCUGACUGAGCUGAACGCCAACACCGCCGAACUGCGCCAGAGUCGCCGCUCCCGGCGCCUGCCCAGCCUGCUGGGCGACUGCGGCCGGCCGAGUCCACUGGCGACAACCGGGGAGGACCUGAUGACGUUCGACUCAGGCCGGGCGAUCGGCUCGAACCGCGUCGUGCAGCGGCCCCACUAG